AUGAUAUGUUCUCACGCAGGUGAAAAGGAAGCAGCAAUGGAAAGCUUACAACAGGCCAUUACAACGCUUGCAGUGCUUGAUAUAACAGCAGGUGCUGUGGUGCAAAACCCCUGGACAAGUCUGAUUGCAAAUGACAUCAGUACUAAGAAACAGUUCAAGAACGUAAACAAAGCCAUAGCAAACUAUCGUAACGCUAUAAGCCGAGGAGUGUCAUCACCAAUAACCAAUCAGGAUGACCUUAUCCGUGAGGUAAUGCGAAAAAAAUGAGCGCUGGACCAACUCAGUAAAUGCAGCUAAGUGAAAGCGUAAAUAAAGGAAGAGGCUGACUUAAUCUUAGCUGAGGCAUCGACCUACAGCAUACAGCCAAACUGAUUGUGGAGCGCUAUAAGAAAGCUUAGUAGCUCCCGUUUUGACAAUAUCCAUCUCAUUUCUAACAUCAGUCUCACGCUCGCAUAUUAUUUUUGCACAAAGUGAAAGCUAGAAUGAAUGUGCCGUCCAUUCUAAAUUUGCUUUAAGUUUCAUCUUCUUUUGAAUAUUAUUUUGAAAACAGGCCAAAAGAUUCCAUAAGGAUCUUUAUGGAAUACCGGAAUUAUUUCAGUUGCUUUUACCUGUUCCUGGGACCUGUAACAUGCAUUUGAUCAUUUCCAUGUCACUUGCACGAUAGACAGAUCGGAAGAUUUCGAGACAAUUGUCAUGAAUGUUAUUGUUUGACAAAUGGAUCCAGCCUACCCUUUGGUCGUGUUUAAAGAAUAGUUAGAGCGUAGUUUUCUAUUUCUCUUCAAAAACUUUCAUGUGACUUUAGAUCUGCGCAUGCUUCCACAAGAUGGUGAAACAGGCAAAACAGCCAAUCAAAGCUGAUCAAGCUGUUACACUUUACUGGUCACAAGCCUUAAGCGAGAUACUUGGCAACCAAUCAGAGCUUUUAUGGUCGGUACAUCAUGGAAAAUGGCACCUUUUAAAUGCCUUGUUUAUGGCGCUACAUUCUCUUGUUAUAAAUUAAUGAUAAUAAUAAUAAUAAUAAUGAUGAUGAUGAUGAUGAUCAUAACAACAAUGAUAUCGAUUAUGAAAAUAACAAUAAUAAUAAUAAUAACUAGUAAUAGUUGACACUACAGCUGCCCCCGCUCUGUACAUUGUCGGUCAAUAGUAUUCUUGCUCGUUGUGUAGCUCUUUGAAAUAUACCGAUUCAUAAUGAAGAUUUUCACACAUAUUCCAUACAAUAGGUGAGAUAAAUACAGGAAAUAAACGCAAAGUUCCAUGCGCAGUUUCAGUUUGAUUUACACAGCUUUGAUCAUGAAACAUUCCCAGUUUCGAGAAUAGUUUAUUCUAAACCAUAGGAAGUAUUUAAUUAGAGGUUUAAUUUUUCGCUAUUUCUAUUUCACUUUUUACGUUUAGUUCAUUUUAUUUGCCGGAAAGUAAGCCUUAGAAAUUAAAACGACGUCUAGUCUUAUUUUAAACUUUAUAGCGGAAGGACACCUGUGAGCAGGGAAAAAGUCAGCACAGAAUGUGAUGGUCGGCGAAUUUCUGUAAUCGUCCGUCGUUCUGAUAGUGAUAAGCUAGCCGUUGAAUCAUUCACUCUUCUUGCUUGUUUGGGGUCUUAUUCAGGUCAAAGAAAGAGAAAGAGUGUCUGGCAAGGUUUCCACUCAAAGAUUUGUGAACUCGUGUCUGGCAAACUCACUUAGUGUUAAAAUAUACACUGUUAUACGCACCUUAUAACUUCAUCUGCGCUUAACGAGUGUCUUUGUCCAUAACUUUCAUAACAACUGCUCCACAGAAUGUCACUGAUAACACGUAACCCAAAAGAGUAUCGAAGUAUAAAUGCACAAUUAAUGUUACAAAAUCUACCUAUUGUAAGCGGUCCCUUCGGGAUUUUUUGUGUUUUACGUCAUCCUAACCAUUUCGUACUUGCGGGCGCAAACAAUAGAAACGUCAUCAUUACCUACCGAUUCCUCGCGGCCCCUGUUCAAGCAAAUCGAGAUUUUUUCUAUAUUGACUGUAUGACUGUAUAUUUCAACUGUAAGUACUUCAUUAAUAUACGCGCGAGUUACUAGAGUGCCUCCUCGGGAUUUCGCCCUCUGGGCGAAAUCCCUGCGGGGGCAAUAAUAAUAAUAAUAAUAAUAAUUAAAUCGAUCAGCGGAUCUAAAAAUAGGAAACGCUGGUAUAAACCAAUGAUCAUCAAUUUAAACGUUUAAAAAGUAUUGAGAGGGUUUUCUCAACUGUUAAUUAAUAGACAUAAGAUAAAUUAAAUUCGAAAAAAAGUAUGCAACACAUUUUUUUUAUCUCCUAUAUCUAAGUGUCUUAAGCAUUGAAACAAAUGCAAGGUUCCUUAGCGAGGUCCAGUCUUUACCAGCGGCUUUGGCUGCAUGUUUAGCUCGCGGAAAAUAGAGUUCACUAAUAUCACUUAGGUCCUUGCCUCGGAGUCCAGAUCCCAAAACAAAUAUCCUUGCAGAUGCCUAGGACAAUUUAAAUUGUUUAUGAUCUUAAAAACUACUUGUAAACUCACAUAGCGUCGUCUAUCAAAAUAAGGAUAACAGUCCGAGCUUUUCUCGCAUUACCUGAAGUCGCGUCGAGUUGUUAGUUCUUGAGAUUAUUCUCAUAGCCUUAUUUCCAGAUAUGCUAUGAAGUAAUGUUAAUUAAUCCACACAUAAAAGAAUUGCGAAAAGCUAAAUUUAGUUUUAUUUCGAAGGUUGAAGCAUUGAAGGACACUGCUAUCGACGAAUUCAAAUCCGUGGUAUCUUCUCUUCCCGAGUCAGACGACACCUUGAAGUAUCUUAACAAAGCAGCAAAGUGGAGUAAAGUUGGGACAGCACUUGACGUAUUCGGAGCUUUUUUUGAUGCUAUUGCAAUUGGUGUUAAUGCCUGGGCUUUUGACUCGGCUCGCAAGGAUGGCAAUGAUGCUGGAAUGGCAUCGUCUGGUCUUAGUAUGGCCGCAGGUAAGUUCGACAGCCAAACUACAUUCCAAUUCCGUGAAUCUGAUUGGCUCUCUUAUUGGUUGCUAUAUAACAAUGAUACCACGAGGCCAAGUUUUCUAUGAGUGAGUAAUCAUCGAGGCGGGGCCGAGGAAACAAGGACAAGUGGUCUAAUUUUUUUAGUAGACAUCUAGUAAAUUGUGCUUUGGUCUUCAACAUGAAAGUCAAUGCUGACGUCGGCAUUUUUCGGGUAAACCUUAAAUGGUCUCUUGUUCUUAAAGUUUCCUGCAAUUUGCCUUUAAAUAAAAAAUUAUCAAUUUGAUUGGCUUAGUUCAAAAUUUGAAAACAUGGUAAAACCUUUUUGGGUGAACUAAUAGUGAUUUGUACUGAUAUUUGGCUACCAGCUAUCAAGUCAACACUCGCCUAACGGCUCGUGAAAUUACGCUGGUCACCAUUUAUGCCAAAUAUCACUACAAAUCAUGCUAUUACCUAUACAAAUACAAAAUAUCAAGAUCGUUCAAAAUGCGGAACAUGGUAACGCGUGAACUAAUGUACUCUACCAGCUAUCAAGUCAACAGGGGGCUGGUCACCAUGCUAAAUAUGCGUGUUACUUACAUUUUAUGCGAUUAAACGUAGGGGUCACUACGAGUUGCUAGAAUUUAUUUUAGUUUUUCUCCAAUAUAUCUCGUGUUGUUUUGUAUUAUGAAAUGAAAAAAAAAACACAUUUCAGUCUCCUUUUAUAAAGUUGAGCUGCAGGUUGGCUAAAUUUUGCUGGGAAAAGACGAUCUUUUAUCUAUCGAAAGGUUCUUACAGGUUUAUGAGAGCAGUAAAGAUGUAUAGAGUCGUGCGACCUUCCCUAGAUUCACAGGACGCGUGCGCUCGUUUUCAAAGCUCAAAGAUGCGAUUAUACUUCAGGACCAAGUCUAUUUUCUUACUAACUGAACACAAGGUCAUCAGUAUUGGGGAAUGCUGUGGUCACGAGAGUAUGGACCAAGUAGAGUGUUUUAAAGUGCGUGCGUUUGGUUUUUGUCUUAACUCAGAUUGGGCCAAUAGAGAAGCUCGGAAACGCAAAACCAAGGCAAUUGCUAAAUUACUUUCGACACGCUACUGAAAGCCGCUCUUUGUUUACAAUAUUUCUUUGCAAUAAAUGUACAGUAACCAUCAAUGUUCAUGUUCUGUUUAUGCUGACAGGUAUUGUUGGAAUAAGUACAUUCAUAUACUCCGUAGCAACUGGAUCCACAAUCGCAGGUCCUCUCGGGGCCAUAGUUGGCGCUCUUCUUGGUCUUGUCGCCACCUUGAUUGAUGUCUUCAGCAGCAAUCCCUCGUCCAAUAUUGACGCAACCAUAAAAAAUCUGCGGACUUUGACGCAGUAUUCCAAAGACGAGUUGGACGAUACCAGGAACUUUUUGCUUCCUCUUGGAAAGUUCGGCACAAUAUACGAGAGCAACGCAGCCAACAUGAUCGAGGUUUUAGGCAUGCCACCCGCUCCACUCUCCUUCAAACCCUUCACCGGAAGUGCGACGUCUGGGGAAUACCUUGGCGCUGGUAAAUUUCGCAUGGUCGACUUGUCAAAGUUUUCAAAUGCCUACUGGACCGUUAGUGGUACAGAACCCAUCGGGUACGACUUUUACGGAAAAAGAGAUGAUAAAAACUCGCAAGUUGUAACCGUCUUUGUCGAUACCAAACUUGUAGAGACGUCUGGAAAACCACUCAAGGGUGCUGUGAUCCAGACAUAUUCAGACGGGUACGAAAAUUAUUAUAUUCAUGAUCACGUGACCAUCGAAGACUUCGGCAACCUGAAACCUGGUCAGACCAUUAAAGUCAAAACGGGUUACGGUAAUGACGUCAUUGCUAUUAAUGGUCCUGUGGGCAAAUUCACUUCCGACUUUAGUAAUGUGCUCGAUGUCACCACUGGUACAGCUAAAAAUGAACUGACUUUCGGAGGGAUACCGAAGGCGCACGCGCAGAUCAAGGGAGUGUACUUUAAUCGUAUUAACGAACGUGUAGGGUUUUUUCAUGGCUCAAACCGCCAAAAGCACGAGUUUGGGACCAUCAAGGGCAUAGUUCUGGUGCGUGGAAGCCCUUUUAACGAUCACAUUGUCCUGCAUGGCAAUGAUUUCAGGGUAGAACAAUCUCAAGGGCAGAAUGUCUACGAAAUUGACCUCAUCCAUGCGAGUACAGAUUCCGGGGGAAUUACGCAGACCAUAGUUGAUGACAGUGGAAAGGUUCCCAGGAUCCGUGUGACGUCAUCGGGGGAUAUUGGAGAAGAAAACUUCGAUUACAACCACCCGGUAACGAAUUUCAUUUCUGUAAACCCUCCUCAUUUCUUUCUGUAAUAUUCAUUUUCCUUGCCGUUACUAAACGUAAUCGCAGCCGAGAAUGUAAAAUUAAAGAAUUUUAUUCAUCGCUUUAACAAAUCCUUUUUGUUAUAGUAAAUACCAACAAACAAACCAAAGCACAUGACAAAAAGUAAAAUGCGUAAAAGUAUCGUUCUUCAUGUUCGUCCAUGGCCAAUAUAUUUCACAUAAAGCAAUCUUUAUCUUUCAAUGACGAAAGAUAAAAUUAGAAACGUGUUGAAGAACUUUCAGUUAUGCGCAAUAAGGCUGUACUUAUUCGGAUAGCUCUGGUUUGAUUGCCUGGCUGGAGGGUCGGAACUACGGGAAGACUGAGAUCCAACUCUUCUCGCAAGUAUUCUUCAGCGGCCCCGCGGUACCCACUUGUGCGAUAAACAUAAGCAGAGGCUUAUGCAAAUGAGUAAUCGUUAUAGGGGGAACAGACACAAGCGUAAAAAAUGAAAUCCUUCUCCUUUUCCCUUGCUUGUGCUUAUCUUACGCUUGUGAAUUUCACUAGUGGGAAACGGCGUGAGAUGAGCAUGCGCACAAACACAGGCUGCUCAUCCGCCAUCCUGAAACAGUCUUCCCAGAUGUGCUUCUACGCUACUUGGGUAACCUAUGAAAACCAUAAUUGGUGCGAUCUCAGGCAUCCCAGCUUGGUUGUGCUCUGUCUCUAUCCUCAAAGUUUCUGGAAUUUGACCGUUUUCAAAUUACAUCACCUGCUUUUAAAGGGACUCAGCCCUAAUGACUGCAAUUUUGGUGUUUUUUGUCAAGAUUAUGCUAAACAUGUUACAAGAAGAAGAUUUAAAACUGAACUUCGCCUCAUGGGCUAUUGUGCUACGGGUCUAAUUGUUAAGUAUUUCUCUCUUUGGUAUCGAUAGGAGCUUAAGAUCUCCCUAAGAAACGAGGACGGCUCCUGGUUCUUACUUCGCACAUUGAAGCUCAGUUACAAGGUAGAACCAUUGGUGGAACUGUACGUAAACGGCAAAAUAACAAAAAACCUGUACGUUGGCUGGAUGAAGAAAGUCCAAGUUACCGGUGAACAGUAUAACUACCAAUUCCUUUCCGACCUAACAGGAACAAACAGGAAUGAUCUCGUCAAAAUUAUACGACCAGGUUCUGGGCCGAAAAGCAGCCACACCGUGGAUCUGAAGGAAGGAGACGAUGUUUUGGUACUUACAGAAAAUCUCAUGGAUGUGUACAGUAUCAAAUCAGGUAUUCUCCAUUAUCACGGUAAUUUUAGAGUUUGAUGUAGUACAAACAAAGAAACUCCAUUAACCUUUAUGCAAAAACACCUGGAAGUUAGUAAAAUGGGCAUGUUUAAGAGAUUUUUCUUUAAAGACAGCGACUGAAUUUAACUGACGUUUGAACUGGAGAAAGGAAAUGUUUGUCCGAAUUCAAACGUCUGUAAAAAAGUUUUACAUUUACGGGACUAUAUCUCAAGUAUUUUCUUUUUUAAAAAAUUUUUAAACUUGCUCUUUUAACUAAUUUUAAGGUGCUUUUAUCAGCAUUGUCAAUGAAUCUUCGUCACCUGACCUACAAGAAAAUCUGCUGAAAAGUGUCGGAAUAUUCCUAUUUCCUAUUCCUUUUGCGAGUACUCAGUGGCUCAUUUAAGGUUGUGAUUCUAUGGGAAACGAAUUUUCACUAACGUUCUUCUAAACUUUACAAAGUUAUUCUUGCAAGUGAAGGAAAGUGGAACAAAAAGGGGGAGUAGCGGUGUCCGUAUUCACGUUACAGGACAUUGGUUCAUAGCCACUUUACUACCCAAUGACAGCACUAUUGAAAGACUUCGCCUUGAUAGAGAGGCACCAUUACCUCCAAACGUUAUCUCUGGCAAUACAAUAUAAUGUGCCAUACUUGGGGCGGGUACUUCAUAUAAUGGCCUAUACGGAAAAGCUCUUUUGAAAAGGGGCCCUUUAAUCUUUGUAGCAUUUGAAGGGAUAGGGAAGUUCAAUAUUUCAAUAUUCAACAUUUCAGAAUCUGAAAUAUCAAAAAAUAGGGACUGAAUCGAACGUUGAAUAAUUAAAUCCAAGUAAUACGACAAGAUUGUAAAAACUGAGCAGAAAAUUAGAGUUUGAAUGGUCUUUCUAUAGUUACAAGGAGUGAGGGAGACAUUUGUUUUCCUUUAUGUCAUCUUUCAGAUAUAGCAAAAGGGUACAGUUGUUUGUGUCACCAUUUUAGGAACAGUUGUUAUGUGAAGAGGUUAGGGUUUACAUGUCCGUCAGUGCCUGAAAAUUUUGUCGCCCAUGCCAUCGCCAACAACAGGUAAAAUUUGUCUAGCUGGGCCAGCAUGGUUGACAACAGCAUGAGUUGCUAAAACAUCAGUUUGCUUUGUUUAGGCCACAACACGCUGCAUUUGGUGUUUAAUGGUGUGGAUUACGUGCUUCAGAUCAGAAGCGUUGACUCCAGCUACAUUCGCCAUGACGUCAUACUCCGUGAUGUGGAGUUCAUUAUGAAUGAAGACCUCGCUACUCUGGUCGACAUGAAAGCAGCGGAGAGCAACAACCUUGAUUUGGGGAAAAUUUACAAAGAUGCUCAAGAUUUGAAUCGUAAGUGA